AUGGUGGCGCAUCGGGGCAAUUUGAACUAUCAGGAUUGUCGUCGAACGUUGACUGCUGGCUUUGACAGGGAGGAACUUGACUUGUUGCGUGAUCUGGGCGCAAAUUCUAUGCCGAUGUCGUCUGGAAGCAGUGGCUCAGUCCCUGGCACUGACUUGUUGGCACGACAAACAAAGAUUUUUGGAUCGGAUGCAACAGGCCAGCAGCAGCGAGUGCGCUUUAGAGUUGUCAUUGCUUCCGCUUUCAUUCUUGCUAAUGAAUUUUGGACAUACCAGGGUUUGCAGUGGAUUGGCAACUCAGAUGUCAGUGACCGUGCCCAGAAAAUAGCAGCCCAGUUUUUGGCACCGUAUCUGGAUGGCCUCAUGUGCAAAAGGUUGAGUCGGACAUGUUUGGCUUUGUACCGGUUGGAAUUUGAGAGAACAGGUGCCGCCGACAUUGAGCUGCCGCCUGCAGGGGCACAAGCAGCGGACACGCGGGCGAGCGCUGUUCGCCAUAUUCACAUCUUCCCUGGAAAGUCGCGUGUGCGUGUGGUGUCUCCUGGCAACGAUGCUCGUAUAGUGCGAGAUUCCACUGGUGUGCUGGCGGAAUGGAAAGCUACUGAAGCCCGUGUGCAGUGCUUGGCAGACCGCGCAGAUGUUGUGGACGUAACUGCUUUGCGCCAAUACAAAGUUCCUGGAACUGUGGAAAGCUGUGAUGUCUUGGAGUCUUUGCUGAAGAUGUUUACAGAGCCAAAUCGCCCAAAGACGCGUCGCACCUGGAAACAAGGUCGGCGCAAGCGGACAGUCUGCAGUACCGUACCGCUGGUAUCUGAAAGGAUCCUUGGAAAUAUUUUCGAUUAUGUGGGACAUUUGACGACAGAGGACGGUGAAGCUGUUUUGCUCGGGAAUAGUCCGGAACAUUUUGACACUUGUGUGUUGCAUCGACCAGACUUGGCUGCUGCAAAGCGAUGCUCUUACGGAUGGCAUAAUGAACAACUGACAGCCGCGGAAUACGUCGCCACCAUUAGCCGAGAAAUUUCCGCUAAUUUGGAUUUCAUGGCUGAAGCUCGGCGACGACCCAGACCUGGUGUUUUGCAUCCAACUGCCACCGAUGAGAAAGAAGAUGUGGGUCUACAAGGUGAAUUCGUGAAUGUAGAGGAUGUGGAUGACAUUCAAGAUCCAGAUGCAGACGAUGUGGAUCAAGACACGUCUCUUCGACCGGACAUUCAAUACAAACCGAUCUUGCAUGUGGCAUCCAAUGAUUUAUUUGACAUGGUGCAUCGCAGGAACGUGGGCUCGGGUCGGGCAAGUGCCAGCACCAAACGUUCAGAAGAAUUCUUGCGUCAAUAUGGUGGAAAAUAUUUGGAUAUGAAAGAAUCCCGUCCUUGCGCACGGGCUCCUGACACGGAUGUGCAGAGGCGUGCUACUUUCAACGUCGUUGCUGGCUUGAAGGCGCAGAAGUUUUUACAAGAAUCUCGAAAAGAAAAAGAUGAAAAGUUGAUGGACGCAUCAAAAGAUGAAUUCUUGCCCGGAAACGCUAGUCUUUUGGAAGUUCCCGUGAGCAUGGCUCCUGAGACUGAGGUACUUGUUCUCUCUCCUGCUGACAUGGCGUUGCGACUGUUGCAACAACGUCUGCCGACACGUCAGGCUGAUGGUACGUACCAAAUCUCGCCAGAUCAGUACAAGGCAUGUGUGUUGGCGAUAGCGCCCCUGCAGAAAUUAUGGGUCAAGGCGGGUGAGCAUGAUCUGCAGCAUUGUUUCGGCGCACGUGGCCGCCUUCGCGAGUUGCUGGCAUUGGCAGUCUCUCUUGAAUUCGUGCUCCAGUGGCUCAGUCCCGGAGGGCGGAUCCAUUCCGGCGGCUCCGGCACUGGGGAAGAGGAAGACUCGGAGAAGGAUACAGCCUUGCAAUCUUUACCAGGCUUCCCGGCAGCCCACCAAUUGCCGAAGCCGAUUCGUUUGGACAAAACUGGUGGUUUUGUGUAUGAAGACAAUGUGUGGCUCCUUGCAGUGUCAAAGACUCAGCAACCAGAUGUUGGCAACAGGAAACGUCCCUGGCCUGGAAAAUCUACUGCAGAUCGAACGAUGUUUUGCCAGAGCUGGCAGUUACGGUUGUCGACUUUAUCCCGGGCUGCUGAUGAUUAUUUGCUCCGCGAGCACAGACUGCGUGCCUUUGCAGCUGAUGCCGGCGCUGGCGGCGACUGUUUCUUUUUGUCUGUGGCGGCAGCAUUGGAAACAUUGCGGGCAGAACAGCACAACUUGCCGUUGUCACUGGAACGGCUGUUUUCUGAGGAUGUCAGUCGUGGGGCGAUGGUCAGACGUUUGCGUGGCAUUGUUGGCCAAGGUGUUAUGAAUUGGAGUCCCAAACAGUUUCUUGAUUUUGCCACGACAUGUUUGGCUAACGAAGUUGCAGGUAUGUGGUUGGAUUCUUGGAAGAUGUCGCGGUUGAUCGCGAACACACCGUUUGCUUUUCUGCAAGGCGUCAAUAGUGUUCAUGACCUGACGCUGGACGCAGCCAACACAUUGAUUUUGCAUUGCAAGCAUGGCGAGAGUCCAAACCUUGUGCAGCAGAAUAGAUGCAGGCAGGGAUGUGCUGACAAAAAUGCAGCGAGCUGUGGCUGA